AUGCAUAGCCGCGCAUUGAUAUUGCUAAACAUCUCUGGUAUCAAAGAUGGCGUUAUUUGGCUCGGAUUUAUACUUUUUGACUUCGGAUAUUGUAUUUUUGCUGCAUUAUUUUUUUCGAUCACAGAAUAUACUCAUAAGAAAGUUUUCCAAACAGGAGUAAGCUUUGGAAUGCUUUUCCUGUUCUUUAUCUUUAGUUCUUUAGCGAUGUACACUUCCGGAGUUUUUAUGGCACCUUUUUUCAACAGAUUUGGUAGAUUUGGAUUGUUUAUUCUUCUUUACAUAUUACUUACGACAUAUGGAUGGUUCCUUCCUUCUGUUAUCCAAUCAAAUCCAAAAACAAAUUGUAUUUUUCUUCCAUCAGCUGUUGUUCAUAACUUUUACCAGAAUCUGUUGUUGAAUAUACAAAAUGAAAUACCUAUGUCGUUCAAAAACCCUGGAAUGCACCAGCUUUUCACUACAAAUCAAUUAAUUGGAUUUUUAUUUUUCCAAAUUUUCUUCUAUUCUUUUCUUUUUAUGAUUUCGGUGUUGUUUGCACCAAAACAAUGGGGUCUACCACCUCUUGGCAUCAAUAAUCUCUUCAAAAAAGUCGCUUGGAAGAGAUUAUUUCAUCUUUCAAAAUUUUUCGACUUUGAAGAGAGUGAAAAGUUCCUAAGUGUCAAGGAUUUGACUAAGAUAUAUACUGGAGAGAAAAACAUCGUCGCUGUCAACAACGCAAAUUUUGAUAUCAAAAAAGGCGAAGUUAUUCUACUUAUCGGGCCAAAUGGUAGUGGGAAGACCACGUUGUUGCAAUCCCUUACAGGAGCAAUCCCUGUUAACUCCGGAUCCCUUGAAAUUUUCGGAAAUGAAGCUUCAUUUCUUGAUUUACAGCGAUGUACAGGAUAUUGUUACCAAGACAAUUUAUUCUUUGAUUAUUUAUCUGUUAGAGAACAUCUAGUGUUCUUUGCUCGCUUAAGAGGCGUUAAAAAAUCAGAAAUUAAAGAAAAAAUCGACCAAAUGGCCUCUUUUCUUGACAUUUCGGAUAUUUUAGACCGAAAUCCCAACAAACUAUCAGCCGGCCAGAAGAGAUGUGUCUCCACGGCCAUGGCUUUCAUAGGAAGUCCUUCUUUUGUUAUUUUGGAUGAACCAACUGUUGGCGUUGACGUAAAAAAGAGACAGCUCGUAUGGAGUAUCGCUUCUUACUUCAGAAAUACGACAACAAUCAUCGCAAGCCACUCUCUGGAAGAAGGAGAAGCUGUUGUGUCAAGAUUAUUCGUAAUGGAAAAAGGAAUUAUCAAAUUCCAAGGAACAUCGAGUGAUUUAAGACAACAGUAUAAGUGUGGAUAUAGAUUACACGUCAUUUGUAAGGAAGAUGAAAAAGAUUAUGAUAAGGUUAUUUCGGAUGUCCUAGAAAUGACUAAAUUGGAUAUACCUGAUGCUGUUAUUGACUUCGAAAGAGGUGAUUGCAUCAUGUUACCUGUCUGUAACCAAAUUCCUGCGUUAUUAAAGCGUCUUGACAAGGAUAUCAAGUCAACAAACGCAGAAGGAUAUACUAUAUCGGUGGAGAAUCUUGAGCAUGUAAUGCUUAGGAUGAUUGCUGAUGGAGAUGAAUAUUAA